UGCUGUAUCGGCGGCGAGGUAGAUUUUUCCAGGAACGUUUCCUUUAAAAAUAAGUGAAAUUCCCCUCCAGAAAUUUACAAGCUUUGAAACUGCAUGUUUCCGCACUUCAGAAACAGGUAACAAUGUAAAAGGUAUAACAACAAAGAUGCAAAAGGUCAUAGUGGCUAUUACAUUCUGAGCUCAUCAUCUACAUCCUCAAUGGUAAAACCUUCGUGAGGCAUGCUGAAAUCUACGCCUCUUACCUUUUCAAAGCAGAUGCCUAUUAGAAAGCCAACAGCUCAUGUGAUAAAGAAGGCAAAUUCUAACCAGCUGAAGAUUUUGAAUCCAUAAGACAAUGUAAAGUUUUGGAGUGUAUCCUUGCUUCACUUUGAAAGUUUUAUAUAUAUAUAUAUAUAUAUAUAGCAUACCACACUGGCUGGUGGAGCUCCACCUGCUAAACCAGCUAUGCAUCAGCUGUUCAGCAUUGUUUUGGGACAAAGGGACCUCUCUCGAGCUGGAGACCUGUUUUCACUGGAAGAUACUGAAAUUAAAGAUAGUUUAUCUGAAGCUCUUGAACAAAUAAAAAAGAUAUCUUCAUCAUCAGACUACUUGACCAAUGACAAUGACCAGGCAGUCAUAGAGAUCUGUAUUACACGAAUAACUACAGCCAUCCGUGAAACUAACACCAUUGAGCAACAUGCACUUGCUCUUGUUUCACUGUGGGAAUCAUGUUUGGAGUGCAACCUAAAAACAGAAGGAAAAAAUGAGGACACACCACAUGCAAAAAUUGCAUCUGACAUUAUGAGCUCCAUUUUACAGCAUUACAACAAACCUCAGGUGAUGGCUUUAGCUGUACCAGUGGCUAUGAAAUUUUUACAAAGGGGGAACAAGGAAAUAUGUAGGAAUAUGUCAAGCUACAUUUCACUGGUUGCAAUUGCAAAGGCUGAUUUGCUGGUCGACCACACGGAGGCCAUCACAAAGAGUGUUCUACAAGGUAACUUCAUGCUUUUACGGGUGUUGCCAUCACUGUAUGAGCAAAAGCCUGAAUCUAUUAACAUGCACCUAACAGCAUUAGUGGAGCUCCUGUUUAGUUUGGAUCAGUCAGAGCAGCAUCACCUCUUCCGACUCUUGCAGAUAACUGCUAAACAUUAUCCAGAGGUGUUAAAUAAUUCCUUGUCUUCAUUAAUGACUCAUCUUCAUGACCCUAACCAAAAUGAUUCAGUCCUAACCAUACUUCUAGAAGUAUCUCGGUCCAACCCAUCAGCUGUUGCUAGUUUUCUUCCAAGGCUGAAGGAGGUUGGAGAAGAAUUUCCAAGUCUUCUUGGCCAGAUUGCAAAAAUCUAUGGUGCCAUCGGGCACACUAAUGAGGAGAGAGCUAGGAGCUGUCUGGCCUACCUGGUGACUCUUCUAGCAAACAUGGAUCACACCUUUCAUCAUGUGCUACUCAUGGAGAUCAAGGGGAUCACAGACAUGUUCAGCAACAUCUUGGGUGCCAAUAGCAAGGAUAUUUAUCGUAUGAGCAACAGUUUUACUUAUGUGGCUAUGCUCCUGGGGAAGAAGCUUGAGAUAAGCAACUCAUCUGUGAUCAGGGAGGAAAAUGACACCAGAGAGAACUCUACAUUGUGUAAUUUGGAAUCAACGACAAAUGCUGGCAGUCAAAAGGAAGAUUUGACAGAGAAAAUCUAUGCACAUGAGGAUAACAUACAAACUGAAAACAAGAGCUCAAAACAUGUUCCCAGGUCACAAAGCUUGACAAACUCAACAAAUUUAGAAAUUGAUAAUGGUAAAGAAAAUGGGGAAAUACCUGCUAUGUGUUUUUCCGAGAGUGCGCUGAGCCAAGAAAGCUGUCAUUCACCUUCUGGAGUAGAUGAUGGCACCACCGAGAGUUUCUCAACUCCUAAUUCCUGUUCUUCUCCAUUCAUUAUGAAGUGUUCUACAGAAAUGCUCAACAAAAGCUGUCAGGAAAACAAUGGCACAAUGGAGAAGGGUCCUCAAGAAAACAGGGAUAAACUAUGGGGACAUUUAAAAGAAAAUCUCACUAAAGUACAAGCUUAUUACAAUGCCGUAAAAAGAAAAAUCCCUAUUCCAGACCAGUGUACUUUUGAAGACUCUGUUAGAAAUGUGAUCAAGCUACAUUUCACAUGUCCUUUGAAGGGCCACUACUGUCUCUAUAGCAAAUCCAGCUUCACUCUCAACAGUAGACAGCCUCAAGUCUGGAUUCAGAUCAUGUUGAUUGUUAAACAGAGCCUGUCUACAGAACCUUUAUCAAUCAGUGACACAUCUGUUCAACUUCUGAAGUCACUGUGGGAUACAACUCAUCUUAACAGCAUUUGCAGCUUUGAAUCUGCAAUGAUACAUGCAGCCUUUCCUCAGAAUAAGGACCUGGACUGUGUGCUUAAACACUUGGAAGAAGUGCGCUUCUUCGACCUUUUUGGAUACAGUGAGGAAACGGGAGAAUGGCUCUGUUUCAUGUGCAACAAUCCUGAAAAAGCAAAUGUUCUUAAUCAGGAUGGCCAGCCACUUAUUGAGGGCAAAUUAAAAGAGAAGCAAGUUCGAUGGAAAUUCAUCAAGAGAUGGAAAACUCGUUAUUUCACGCUGGCAGGGAACCAGCUACUCUUUAGGAAGGGAAAAUCAAAGGAUGAGGUGGAUGACAACCCCAUUGAGCUUAGCAAGGUACAAAGUGUUAAGGUGGUUGCAAAAAAACGCAGGGACCGCAGUCUUCCACGUGCAUUUGAGAUCUUUACAGAUAACAAGACCUAUGUCUUCAAAGCAAAGGAUGAGAAAAAUGCAGAGGAGUGGCUGCAGUGCAUCAAUGUCGCUGUCGCCCAGGCAAAAGAAAGAGAGAACAGAGAAGCCACAACAUACCUGUGACAGAGAAGAUUCAUACAGGAACUCACCAGUGUAGCAGAGUAGUUGUACUAUGGAAAGACUAAUACCACUGCCACUGUGAAAGUUCAAAUGCUGUAUAAUAUGAGCAGUCGAUACACACUGCUUUACUUGGAUGAGCUACUCCUUGGAAUAAUGUGCACAAUACAAGAAAUGGUCGUUCAAUUCAGACAUUUUGUACUUUAACAAGACAUCUCAUGCAGGAAAUCAAGGGGGCUGAUUUUUGUGCACACUGUACAAUAUACAUCUCUCUCAUAAUCUUUAUGAUGUAGUCUGUUUAGAUAAGAAGACAUGAACUUCUGGGAUGACUUUGCAAAUCUUGCUACUUUUGGAAAAGAAAUAACUUUCAUUAAUGAAAGUGGAAACAGAUGGACCAAGGUAACUGAAUGGGGCCCUCUAUCCUGCCUUGAAGAAUUGAGUGAACAUAUCAAAAUAUAAAGGCAUUAUAUGAAAAUAUCAAAACAGCAUAUGAAAUUUGAAGACUGUAUCUUUCCAGUCAACCUAAAUCCCUACUUUUACCUACAGUAAUGCACUGAGAAGUAAAGGAAGUGAUGAGAUCACAGGUACAAACAUUUUGAAUGUACUCUUCUACUACUAGUACUACUACUACUAUUAUGGUCCAGGAAUUCUGCUACUGUAUCAAGUAGGCCUAAAAUCAGAUCUUCAGAUCAAGUGGAGAAGCUUAUUUUAGAUUUUUCUUGCAUGUAGUUUAAUUAUUUUAUGUUAGGUAUUUGUUAUACUGUAUAUAAUCCUGGGCUUAAAAGUAGAAGUGCACUUAACAAAAAUAAAAUUAAUUCAGCUCAUUUGAACCUAAUUUGAUGAGGAUGCCUUCUUUAGCAGCACUUGCUGAAGGAAUUCUACAAGGUAGGUCCCCACUGUCUGGGAACCCACCAUGACAGAGGGACCAUAGUGCUCAGAUUUAUAGUUGGUGAAACUUUUUCCAUUUUCCAUUGGAUAACACCUAACAAGAAAUACACAUUCAGACUGUUGCUAUUGUAACCAUAUGAAGUAAAAUCGAUAGCACAAAACAGAUCGAUGACUUUUCAACAGCCUGAUUAUAUACAGUACUUGGUGUUUUGUACCCUUUGCUGUUUGCUAGUCCUGCUGAUUUGUGCACUGAAGAUUUAAAAUGGAUGCAAUUUUUUAAAAUUCAUGAUGUCUAUCUACUCUGUCAAACCUGUGUUGAUUGGAAAGAACAAUCUGUUAUAUGAACCCAAUGUAAUACUUUUCAGGGAGGGGUGCAGUUUUAAGUACUGUGCAUCAGAGUGGGCAGAGAUGAGAUUCUGUCUAGAAAACAGGCUAGAGUGGAAUUAAAAAUUCAGUCAUGAGACUGAUUACUAAAUUUCACUUGAAUAAAUUGAGCUGUACUCAUUAUAUUCAGUCUGGGGCUAUAGAGUACAAUCCCCCAUUGAUAAAUAAUCUUAAAUGAUGAUAUUAUAUAAUUGGAGUAAGCAGUUUAAAAACUUGAAUGCUUGGAUGUAUAUUGUGAAGUUAUAAUCUUUUAAAGUAUUUUCAUGUCUUCCUGAAAAGCUUUACAUCUAAUUGGCCAGUUAUGAAGAUGUACAGAUAGCACCAAUGAUUUGUGUCAAAAAAAGACACUGUGAUUUUUAGAUUUUUAGAUUUUAGACACUAUGGUUCCAACACUAACGCUUUGUCUCAUAGACUACAAUGUCUGUACCAGAGAGUCAAAUCCAUAAAGAUGGAUGAUCACUUCAUACACUAUACCUUUUUCUUUUGUUCUUAUUUUUCAAAAUAUUCUUUAAUCUAUUUUUAUUAUUUUCUA